AUGAUCGCAGCCGUAUCAAGUACAAGUAAGUACAGUGGCGCUUUGUACUGUCCCAGCAGGGAUAGAUGCAUAUUUGUAUGCAUGUAUUUAUGGUAUUGUAGUUGUCCGCGUAGAUAGCGUUCGCGGGCCACUACAACAGCCCUAUGACGGCCCAUUUCGAGUACUAUCGCGUAAGGACAAGCACUUUACAAUUGACCGUGUAGGCCGCACCGACGUGGUCUCAAGCGAUCGCUUGAAGGCGGCUUAUACCGAGCCUCUUCCAACUUCUCCAACCGAACAACCUCCACUUGACACAUUGCCACUUGCUAUUUCCCAGACUCCAUUUACGCCCAAUAAUCCCGCGUCUUCCCUUAUCCCACAGACUCCUCCCCUUACGCGCAGCGGUCGUCAUGUCCGUUUUCCCGACCGUUACCAACUUGUACAAUAUGCAUAA